UUAAAUCUCCGCUACUCCCCUCUCCGAUGUCUUCGCUCCAUGAUCCGUCCCUUCUCGUCUCACCUCUGCCAUCUCAUUCCGCUUCUCCGAUCCGAGCUGCUUCCCAUUCUGCCACUAGGGUUGCGCUCGUGAUCCGAUCACUCUUUGUUCCUUGCCGGAUCUUGGAUCUCUGGUUUGAUGGCGUCCAUCUCUGUUCCGUGCCCAAAGUGCUCUGUGAUCCCUCGGAAUUGGGCUACUAAGUCGAGCCCCUUGGCCUCGUUUUCGAAUCCGCCGCCCUCUUCGGUCUCGGGAUCUGCCUGGCUUCCUUCGUCGAAGGAUUCUACAAGUAGACAUUAUCCCAUUUUAAAGGCUCAUUUUCAGGAGGUAACUGUUGAAACUUCAUCAAAUUCUUCACCUAUAGCAUGGACAAAGUCAGAGACUUUACCUAUAAAGAUUAAAGAUGCUGGCGUCGUAGAGGAAUCUGGUGGUCCAAAUGAAGUAACAGAUUCAACCAUAUCUACAUUCAUGGCUGAAGUUUCAAGUCUUGUUAAGCUUGUGGACUCGAAAGAUAUAACAGAACUGCAUUUAAAGAAGGACGGAUGUGAGCUCCUAAUAAAAAAACACGAGGCUUUACCUCAGCCACCGGUUGCUGCUUCUCCUGUGAUAAUGCACUAUCCGCAGGCUAUGCUUCCACCCCAACCUACCAAUCCUCAAGCUGUCCCUCCUGCACAAGUUAAUUCAGCACCAGCUCUUCCGCCGCCUUCAGCAACAGCCGGAAGCAAGUCAUCGAUUCCACCUCUGAAAUGUCCCAUGGCAGGCACAUUUUAUAGAUGCCCAGCUCCCGGGGAGCCUCCAUUCGUUAAGGUUGGUGACAAGGUCCAAAAAGGGCAGGUUGUUUGCAUCAUCGAGGCUAUGAAAUUGAUGAAUGAAAUUGAGUCUGAUCAAUCCGGAACAGUGGUGGAGAUUAUUGCUGAAGACGGAAAACCAGUCAGUGUUGACUCGCCUUUGCUCGUAAUUCAGCCUUGAAAGAUUGGAUGUGGAGAUGAUUAGUUUUGUGUCAGUCUAUGACAUAUAUUUAGUUUGCCACCCAUCUUCAACACACUGUUUUCAUAUCAUUGUGAAUUACUCUGGGGAAUAAGUUAAAUGAGCGUGGGUGAUGAAAGAAGCUGUGAUUGGACACGCCCUACUAAACAAAGACCUUUCGUAUGAAAAAGAUUGAAAAGACUAGAGAUUGAUUUGUAAGUUAUGUUGCCUCUGCCAUUCAUUCUCUGGUCCGAUAGUAAUGAGAUACGUUGUAUGCAUGAAAACUCUAUGUUUCCAAUACUGAUUCCUUUGUGUCUAAUCUCUUACGGUUGGGAAGGCAUUUGAGAUAUAGAGUUGUGGUUCGUGGCA